AUUGCCAGGUGACCCUACCAUGUAACCUGUCAGUCAAGUCCAACCACAAAUUUGUUUUUCCAUCCAAUCCCAUCUCGCAAAUCUCCUAUUGUGCAUCCUGAAUUCUUUUGAAGCAAACUAUUCGAAAUAUCAAAUACAAAUUAAUCUUACAACUUAUAGCCCUGCUUCAUCUCUUAUCUACUUUUAUGCUUCCUUUCAGUACAAAUUUCUACCUCAAAUGCCAGGAACCAUUCUAGUAUCAGUUGUGGAGUUUAAGGGUCUUCAGUCAUCAUCAACAGCACCUCCACGAAUUUCUGUCAAUGUUUCCCUGGGGAAAAAAGAGUAUCAAACUUGGGGCAAGGAAGACUUCUCCUUUCCAUUAACAACCCUUCGUGACAAUUUGAUGGUUAAACUUCAUGAUGCUGAGGGAAAUGAGAUAUCACGAACAGAUGUUGAGACCAGAUUGGUGGUCGAGAAAGGUCUUUGGGACCAGACUUUUCCCCUGGAUGGAGGUGGGCAUCUGCAUUUGAAGUUGCAGUUUGUCCUUAGUGAAGAAGAGCGCCAUCGAAUCCGCAGCAUGAGAGAAUCGGCGUUGAGAAAGAAACAUAGGGAACUUCCCAGUGGCAAUCUAAGAAGUCCAGAAAAUGCUACUACUGUUGGUAUUAAUGCUGAAUCAUCAUUGUUCCUUAACCAAGAGGUCUCAGAUUCAGAAACAAGUCUUCUUCAAAGUGAAGUGGCCACUGCACAAGCUGGUUUGGUAUUGACUCCUGCAGACAUCACUAGGAACGAAAGAUUUGGAACUGAGAAAGGAGAAGGAAUAUUUUCUCUUCAAAAACAAGCUAUCCCAGUUAAGAUAGAUGCAAGGAGACUUCAUCAAUCACCUUUGUCUCAAGGGUUUGAUGACCGUCUAACUGAAGUAAGCCACAAGGUUGAGAACAUUGAGACUCAGACACCUGUGGAUGAUGUUCCUGAAAGGACCAUUUGUUCAGAAGAAGCUUCAUACCUGUCGGAAAGCUCAGAAUUGGUUGUUGCAGUGAAGAACAAGUUAAUUGCCCCUAAACUGUAUGAAGAGAAUACAUACAAUCCACAGAAGCAGAGUCCACUGGGAAAAGCUCCAAGCAACGUGAGGAAUAUGAUAAGUGCCUUUGAAAGUAGCCUUGCUCAGGAUAUGAGACCUCAUGAGAAAUCACCACCACUUAAAUCUCAGUCGAGCAGGAUUGAAACUGAAGCUCAAAAAACUUCAAUAUUAGAUGAAGUUAAGACAGACAAGGUUAAACCAACGCAACCCAUAUCCGUGGGGAGGUUAAAAAACCCAUUUUUAGCAGGAGCGUUGCAAGAAGCCUCAACAUAUACCAGAAAAGGAGGAGAUGAGCAUGGUCCCUUUAGAGCUUUCAGUGAAGCUAAAACAUAUCAGGACAUUAGGCUGCUCGAGUUAAGUGAAGCAGAUGUUAAAAAUAAAAGAAAAACUGGAAAUAUGAAGAAUAAACUUACAGACAAAGAGGCUGAGUUAAAGGAAAGAAAAAAUUCUUCUGGAGAUUUGAUGAGAGCAUCCACAGGUAAAGCAGCCACAGUUUCAGGAAGAUUGCUUGAUGAGCAUACAGGUGGACAGCAAUCUGGUAAAUUGUUUAUGAAUAACCAACAUUCUGCCGGAAAAUCAUCUAUGAAAGAGAGUGGGAAAGGAGUUUAUCCAGAAUAUCUAGAAAAGGAGGACUGGAAAGAUAAACAUUACUCUUCCAUAUGUCCUGGUACCUGGAUAUUUCCAGUUGAAUCAAGAAGCUUGUGCAUAACAACUGGGAGCAAACAUUUGAUGGAUCUAAUGGGAAACUGUCACACCAAAGCAAAAAUUCAUGAAGAAGAAAAAAGUUCUCAACCAGAAAAUGCUGAAGAGAUUGCAACUUGCUAUUACAAAGAUCCUUAUAAAACUUAA